UCCGACUAUUUUUCAUGAUUAUGAUCGUUCUUUCAUGGAGAUAUAUUUCAUCAUCGCCUACACAUAUUGUCUUCAUCCUGGCCGAUGAUUACGGCUUCCACGACAUUGGUUACCACGACUCGAUCAUAAAAACACCAAAUCUGGACAGACUGGCUAGCGAGGGUGUGAAACUAGAAAACUAUUACGUUCAGCCCAAAUGUACACCCACAAGAAGUCAACUAAUGAGCGGCAGAUAUCAGAUUCACACAGGUUUACAACACGGCAUAAUCUGGCCUUGUCAACCAAGCUGUUUGCCAAUCAAUGAGGUAACCAUACCACAGAAGCUAAAAGAAUCUGGUUACGCCACUCAUAUAGUAGGCAAAUGGCAUUUGGGAAUGUAUAAAAAAGAAUGUCUUCCAACUGAAAGAGGAUUUGAUACUUUCUUCGGUUAUUUAACAGGAAGUGAAGACUAUUACACGCACAACAGAAGUUACGAUAAGUUCCACGGAAUGGAUUUUAGAGAGAACAUGCAAAUAGUACAACCACAAUAUAAUGGACAGUAUUCAACACAUGUGUUUGCUGAGAAAGCAAAAAACAUCAUUAAAAGCCAUGACCCUCAAAUACCUUUAUUUUUAUACUUACCGUUACAUGCAGUCCAUGGCCCGCUACAAGUGCCUGACCAGUACGAGAAGCCGUAUACUAACAUAACAAAUAAACAGAGACGUACAUAUGCAGGCAUGGUGUCUUGUAUGGAUGAAGCUGUUGGUAAUAUUACACAAACACUGGAAGAUGCAGGACUUUAUGAUAACUCAGUGAUUAUAUUUUCAACAGACAACGGUGGUCAGGUGACAGCAGGUGGAAAUAAUUGGCCGUUACGCGGCUGGAAAGGGUCAUUGUGGGAAGGAGGAAUGCAUGGAGUGGGAUUCGUCAAUAGUCCAUUAAUUAAUCAUCAAGCUAGGGGAACCACAUCUAAAGAGCUAAUUCAUGUCACUGAUUGGUUUCCCACUAUCGUGCACCUGGCUGGUGGGAGUGUCAGUGGUACACAGCCAUUGGAUGGUUAUAACCAAUGGGAAACUAUCAGCAAUGGUAAGAAAUCACCCAGAAAAGAAUUGUUGCACAAUAUAGAUCCCAAACGUACAACAUUGCAGACAUCCAACAACAAUAUGAUAUACAGAAAAGACAUGUUCGAUGCUUCCAUCCAAGCUGCCAUGAGAGUUGGUGAUUGGAAAAUACUGACAGGUAAUCCAGGUAACAGCAGUUGGAUUCCUCCGCCUGAGUCAAGUAUUACUCCUCCGCAUCCGACAGAUAUUCCUGGAAAAAAUAUCUGGUUGUUCAAUAUUGCCGAAGACCCAAACGAAUAUAACGAUCUCUCUCUAUCCCGACCAGAUAAGGUCAAUGAACUUUUAGAAAUAUUGCAGCAGUAUUACAAAACAUCUGUGCCUGUGCAUUACCCUGACGAUGAACCUGCCUGUGAUCCUGACAAGAAUGAUGGUGCAUGGGGGCCAUGGCAAUGA